GUUAUUCCUGUGAAUGUGCAUUUUCCCUAGGGCGUUAAGCCGGUUAAGGCAGGAACACUGCUCUUGUUUGCGGCACAUCGUCAUGGCAAUAUCGUCGGCCAAUGCGUAAAUAAAAGCGUGUGCACGGCGGCGUGUAAGUCUGUAAGUCUGUGCCGGUGCCGGUGAGUUGAGCUAACGAUUCUUUGGCAGCGUGAUUAGGUGGGUGCCUGGCGGAUGUGCGUCGAAACGCACGAGAAACUUUUAUAUUAGCAAAUAUAUUAAACAGAACAAAUUAAGAGAAAAAGAAAGCAAGCUAUGGAGAUUGAGAGUUUAUGUGAGGAAAAGCGCGAUUUCAACCAGAACCUGAUCGAAUCACCUGGCUCGUUUGAGCAACUGUGCGACAUGCUAAACCAAUUAGAGAAGAAUAGCAGCAGUAUCGAAAUGACGGUACGCAAACGAAUUGAAACGUGCACAAAGUACGAUGCUGAUUUGAGGGUAGCAUCACGCAACUCUCCGGAGCAAAUUGAGCCGGAGAGAGAUGUGAACGGUGAAAAAUGCACGUCACUCGUAACGACCUACGACGACAUAAUGUCCUUCCUAGGAACUCUCGAAAACGAAGGCGUACAAGUGAAUGAUAACAUUAUUGCCGACGGCGCAGCAACUAUAAUUUCAUCUUGUCGAGGUCCCAGCAGAUACGAGACAGGGAACGGUCUGACAGCUUCCAGCUGCCGGCGGGACGAUCUGGAGACCGCGAGACUGCAGAUAGAAGAGAAGAAUGCGACGAUCGAGUGUCUGAAGGAUCAAUUGAAGUCCGAGCGUGAGACUGCGUGCGACAAAAUCAACACGCAGAGGCAAUGUUACGACACGAAGACGAAGGAGCUGAAGAGCAAUUACAGGACGAUGGUGGAGCGCCAUCAGAGGUUCAUCGAGCAGCUGAUCGCCGAGAAGACGGAUCUCACGCAGAAAUGCGACUCUUUAGUGCGACAGAUGAAAGAGAUGGAGCAGAAGAUUCAACGGAAUGUGAAAGUAAUCAACGAGAGACAUGCCGUGGAGUUGCAACGCAUGAGGGAGAACGCCGCGGCGGCGGAGAAGAUACGGCGCGAACGAUGGCUGGAGAUGAAGACCUCGAAAAUCAAGGAAAUGACGGUGAAAGGGCUGGAGCCAGAAUUGCACAGCAUGAUGGAGCAACAUCAACGAGAGAUACAAGAGUUGAGACGCGCUCACAUAAAGGAGUUACAGGAUAUGGAAUUGCGGACGUUGCGUAGAUCCAAUCAGCAAUUGGAGCAAUUGCGAAUCGAGUUGACAGACAACCACGAGAAGCUCUUGACCAAGGAGAAGGACAUGCUGACGGCACGAUAUGAGGAGAAAUUGGAGAAACAAGAAGCGCACUUUCGGAUGUUGCAGAGUACAUUUGCGGAGCGCUUCGAGAAGGACAGAUUGAAUCUCCUGGCGGAACAAAAGAAGCGUGACCAGGAAACAAGCAUGAUGAUGCAGCAGACGCAGUUGCGCUUUCAGGAAAAAACAGAAACGCUGAGAGAGCAACAUGAGAUUGCGAAGAAAAAUUUCGAAGAAUCUUUGAGAGAAGAAUGGCUCGCCUGGGCGGAUGAUUAUAAGAGGCAACAAAGCGCAAGUUUUACAAGAGCGGAAACUAUGAUUCGUAAUGAUUGUCAGAGGGAGAGGGACAAGCAGAUAGAAAUCGCUAUAUCCAGACUGGAGAAGGAAUCUCGCGACAUGCGAGCUAAGUUGCAGCAAAAUUUUGAUGAUAAACUUCAACUAACGAAGGAAGAAUACGACGCGAGGCUGCAGGCUGCGAUUAAAAGUGAGAGCAUUUAUAAGAACAAAUUGUCGCUACUGGAGAAGAGAUCUACAUCCGCAGAAGUGCAACUUGAGAAAAUAGAAAAUAAAUUUAAAGAAUGCAUGUCAAAUCUACAUAAUAUGAAUCAGACAAUAGCAAAAUUAACUGUAGAGAGGGACAACGCGAAGGAAAUAGCACGAAAGGAAAUAGAAAUAGAUAAAAGGGAGCUGGAAAACAAGAUUGCCUCGCUCCAUCAGGAAAUAGCUCGGAAUAAUGCUAACAGAGAUCAACUUAUGAUGCAAUUACAUAGCAGAGUAAAACUUGUAUUCACUCAAAAGAUUCUGAUUAUAAAGGACCUCAAUAAAAAACUCAACGAUGCCGUUUCAAAAUGCGAAUAUUUAGAAAAAUUAUUAGAUCAGCAAAGAAAGGAAUAUAUUUUAAAGAGUUUGUAAUAACUUGACGUUUAAGACCAUAUGUAUCCGUGCUUAUAUAUACGUGUUAUAUGUACGGUGUGUAAAGAAUAAAUUAAAUCUUUGCGCAUAAAAUGUAAAGAAAGUGAAAAUACAUAUUCGAAAAUAAAAUAUUCGUUUCUGCAGCGAGUCUUCGAUUCUCUCAUCAAGGAUAGUAGUGGCGGAAACCUCGAAGCUAAUAACGACUACCUAGUGUCGACUUGUGCCUGGAAAAUGGCGGGGUACCAAUACGGAACCCCGCGCGCUCACGGAGCGCGAAAAGGCGCUAAAUAAAAUUUGGAUUGAAAUACUCUUGCACUCUCCGAAUUUAUAGUAGUAGCAAGCCAUAUGAUUCUUUCCUUUCGUCAUGCGAUUAGAACACCCUGGAACACUGCAG